GGAGCCCGCUGCCCUCGCAGUGACUUUCCCCGCGGGCUGUGGCCGGCCGUGGCCGUGGCCGUGGCCGUGGCCGCCGCGAUGGAGCUCUCCUGCCAAACGCUGAGAACCACCCACCGGGCGAGGGAGGCGGAUGAGAUGCGAACAGAAGCUCGUCGAAAAAACCUCCUCAUUCUAAUUUUGCAUUAUUUAAUGGAGGAAGGGUAUGUCGAUGCUGCAAAUGCUUUGGAACAAGAGACAAAAUUAAGUUUACGUGGCUUUGAAGUUUGUGACAACAUUGAUCUUGAGACAAUUUUGAUGGAAUAUGAAAGCUAUUACUUUGUAAAAUUUCAAAAAUAUCCUAAAAUUACUAGAAAGGUCCUGGACACUGCAGAAAAUAAACAACAGCUGAGAACUGAGGGAAGACCAAGAAGGGCAGCAAGCUCUUCUCAGAGUUUCCCAAGGCUUAAACAUCAGACUGUGCAACGACCGUUGUCAAAAACUUCACCUGGGAGUACAACAGAAUUUAAAUCUUCUACCAAGGAGACCCUCAAACAGGAUAAUGACAGUGCAGUUACUCUGGAGCAAUCUCACUUUGGCUUAAGCAUCGCAGCAAUCAACAAAACUGGAGGAGACAGCACUCACCCAAGAAGGGGCCAAGUAAUUGACUUCCAUAGGAUGAUUCAGGAUGCUGUCAAAGUAUCAUCAAAUGGAAUAGCCUUGAAGAGCCUUAAUUGUGAUCCAGAUCCUUCAGAACGAUUACUGAAACCCCUUAGUGCUUUUAUUGGCAUGUCUGGUGAGAUGAGAGAACUUGCAACGGUUGUAAGCAAAGACAUUUAUCUCCAUAACCCAAAUGUGAAGUGGGAUGAUAUUAUUGGACUGGAUGCAGCGAAAAGGCUAGUCAAGGAAGCAGUUGUUUAUCCCAUAAGGUACCCACAACUGUUUACUGGCAUUCUGUCUCCUUGGAAAGGAUUAUUGCUGUAUGGACCACCAGGUACUGGAAAAACAUUGCUUGCUAAGGCUGUUGCGACAGAAUGCAAUACAACCUUUUUCAACAUAUCAGCAUCCACCAUUGUCAGCAAAUGGAGGGGUGAUUCAGAAAAACUUGUCAGGGUGUUAUUUGAGCUUGCCCGGUACCAUGCUCCUUCCACAAUUUUCCUGGAUGAGCUGGACUCAGUCAUGAGUCAAAGAGGCACUAUUUCUGGUGGUGAACAUGAAGGAAGUCGGCGGAUGAAAACAGAAUUACUGGUGCAGAUGGAUGGCUUGGCCCGAUCUGAUGAUCUUGUAUUUGUUUUAGCAGCUUCCAAUCUGCCAUGGGAGUUAGAUUCUGCCAUGCUGCGGCGGUUGGAGAAGAGAAUUUUGGUUGACCUCCCAAGUAAAGAGGCACGGCGGGUGAUGAUCCAGCACUGGCUGCCCCCGCUGAGCAACACUGGAGGAGUGGAGCUGAGAACGGAUCUGGACUAUGGCUUGCUGGGCCAGGAAACAGACGGGUACUCCGGCUCAGAUAUAAAACUCGUCUGCAAGGAAGCAGCCAUGAGACCAGUGAGGAAAAUUUUCGAUGCUCUUGAAAACCAUCAGCCAGGCAACAGUAAUUUAGCCACAAUCCGAUUAGACACAAUCACAACAGCAGAUUUCCUGGAUGUGAUCACCCACACCAAGCCAUCAGCAAAGAAUCUAAGCCAGAAGUACACAGCUUGGCAGAGAGAAUUUGAGUCAGUUUGAAAAGAAAAAAACCCAAAGACUGAAAACUUCCAAGACUUUUGCUAUCCACAGUGGCAUCACCAUGCCUCCAAAGGAUUGAAUGGUGAUGGGAAGAAAGUGCUGUUGUUUCCAGGGAAGAGAAUGUAGUAAGAAAUGUCAGGGGGAAAUCUUCAAUUCCAAAAUUUAAUUAGGGGGUGGUGGUGGUGGUGUUCUUUAUUUUUUUUAAUUAGCCUUUUUAAGUGACCAUUCAAAAAACAUUCUUCAUGGAAAUAAUGUAAUGGCAGUUGCUAUGUUAGGAAGACUCCAGCCUUAACUUUAUGUAUAAAGACUUAGAGAUUGCUUGCUUGUUAUUUACAACAGUUGUUUACAGGUUUGGAGUAGAACUGGAGCAGAAAGCUUGUUCAGAACAGAUAUUAGCGUUCCCUUUUUGAGAGUAGAGCAUCACAACCAGCAUAGCUUUACCAGCAGAGACCUGCACCCUUUUCAAUAAAAUGUAAGUCACUGCUUUCAGUGAAAUUCAGGUAAAUUUUGUUGUUUGUCAUUAUUUUCAGUUAAGCUCAAAGCUUUGACGUGCCAAAUGUAUGACUUUCCAAGGUGAAAAAGGCAAGGAAUGACAGGGACUUGCAGACAGUGUAGAAAAUCAGUGGAUUUAGGCUAAUCUAACUAGAAACUGGAUUGGUCGUUCCCCACUGGUUUGCAGCCAGCCAUAAAACACACAGAGCGAGCCUUUGCAGUGCAGGGUAAAUACCAGCCAGGCUGGAGACUCUUCUGCUUAAAAGCCUGGGUAAGCAGUCAGGACUGCCACUGUCCUGCAAUCUUUAAAUCUGAAACUCUUAAUUAGUCAUUUUUUCAGGCUCUCAGGUCUCUUUCCUGCCCCACUCUUACCCUCCCUCUUGCUUGGCAAGACACUUCUCUUCACAGCUCUGCCGGGGUUUUCCUCGCAGGGGCUUGUGUGCAGCUGCUGUUUCAAGUGCCACGUCUCGCAUCAAUGCCCCGUGGCAGACAGUCUCUGUGCCAGCGUCACUCGGGUUGUCAGAAGUUUUGAUGGGUGACCUCUUCACAGGGUUCUGCUUACAGAUCUCCCACCUCCUGAACCUGACUCUUGACUACAGGCCAACGGCCUCCCUGACGUACUCCAAGCAGAAACCAACACACAUUCAGAACCGUUGCCAUGAGCACUUAGAUGUGUGAAUUUAUUCAAAACUGCAGGUUACAACCGAUGAGGGCACACAAAUGGGAUUUUAUUCCGGGGGGGGGUGUUUACUGUUUCUUCUGCUGAGUCUACUCCAUUCUGUCUCAGACAGAGAUCAGAUCUGAUCCGAUCAGAGUGCAGAUCAACACUCUUUGAUGUAAGGAGAGCUUCCCAUUCUUCAUCACAAUGAUUUUUCUUAACAAGAACAAGCAUGGCUCAUUAACACAAAACUGUAUUUUCAAUAAGGUUAAUCCUCCAGUAAUGUAUAAUUACAAUCUAAUAAUUUAACACUCAGGAGCACUGUAAAACAACUGUAAAGGACUUUGAUUAUUACGGUUUACAAAUGGACCAGAAAAGCUAUUUACCAUCAUUACAAAGUUGGUUCAUAUCGGUGGAUUCAGCACAUAGGAAAAACAUUGCAAACUAUGGAAUUAAAUUUCAUUUUACAGCUCUGCUAACCAACUGUGUAAAAACUGGAAUCUGUCCCCAUGGCUUGUGAAGGAUUUUUCCCAUAACAUUAAAAAGAAACAAAAAGCUCCAACAAUAGUGAAAUUUUGCAACUACAGCAUUAAUAGGACCCUGCUGAAGUCUAAUUUCAAAAAUUCACAGUCUCUACGGCAUUUAAUACCAGAGUUUUGUUUCUGUACCAUUCUUUUUAAUAACAGCAUCUAAUUAAAACAUCUGUAAAAUGGUGACAGUUUUAAUUUUAUGUAAAAUCUGAAAAACAAAACCCAGGAUCUGUUCUAAUGAGAGGAAAGAUAUCAACAGUAGUUAAUAUUAAACAAUGGUGAUAUUUUAAUUUAAAAGUCACUGCUAAACGUACAUAAUCUCUACCUUUAAAUUAGAGGAGAGCUGAGACCUACUCUGUGAAAUCACUACAGGCUGACUAAGACUCUGUUAGUCUUUGAGGUUUAUUUACUUGAGUAUUUCCAGUAGGUUUUGUCAGUUUAGCUUAUUCAGCAGAAGAAAAUGACACUUUCCAGACAGGGCCUUUCAUCACUUCUGGAAAACU